CAGCAGCGGCGGCGCCGCCGCCCCCGCCGCGUCCUCCGGCCCCGCCGCCACGGCCAGCGCGGCGGGCUCGGGCUGCGGGGGCGGCGCGGGAGAGGGGGCCGAGGAGGCUGCCAAGGACCUGGCCGACAUCGCGGCCUUCUUCCGAUCCGGGUUUCGAAAAAACGAUGAAAUGAAAGCUAUGGAUGUUUUGCCAAUUUUAAAGGAAAAAGUUGCAUACCUUUCAGGUGGCAGAGAUAAACGUGGAGGUCCCAUUUUAACGUUUCCAGCCCGCAGCAAUCAUGAUAGAAUACGACAGGAGGACCUCAGGAGACUGAUUUCGUAUCUAGCCUGUAUCCCUAGUGAAGAAGUCUGCAAGCGAGGAUUCACGGUGAUCGUGGACAUGCGUGGGUCCAAGUGGGACUCCAUUAAGCCUCUUCUGAAGAUACUGCAGGAGUCCUUUCCCUGUUGCAUCCAUGUCGCCCUGAUAAUCAAGCCAGACAACUUUUGGCAGAAACAGAGGACUAAUUUUGGCAGUUCUAAAUUUGAAUUUGAGACAAAUAUGGUCUCUUUAGAAGGCCUUACCAAAGUAGUUGAUCCUUCUCAGCUCACCCCCGAGUUUGAUGGCUGCUUGGAGUACAACCAUGAAGAAUGGAUUGAAAUCAGAGUUGCUUUUGAAGACUACAUUAGCAAUGCGACCCACAUGCUGUCUCGGCUGGAGGAACUUCAGGACAUCCUAGCCAAGAAGGAAUUGCCUCAGGAUUUAGAGGGGGCUCGGAAUAUGAUCGAGGAGCAUUCCCAGCUGAAGAAGAAGGUGAUUAAAGCCCCCAUAGAAGACUUGGAUUUAGAGGGACAGAAGCUGCUGCAGAGGAUUCAGAGCAGUGACAGCUUUCCCAAAAAGAACUCCGGCUCGGGCAACGCGGACCUGCAGAGCCUCCUACCCAAGGUGUCUGCCAUGUUGGACCGGCUGCACUCAACCCGGCAGCACCUGCAUCAGAUGUGGCACGUGAGGAAGCUGAAGCUGGACCAGUGCUUUCAGCUGAGGCUGUUUGAACAGGAUGCCGAGAAGAUGUUUGACUGGAUCACACACAACAAGGGCCUGUUUCUGAACAGCUACACCGAGAUUGGGACCAGCCAUCCUCAUGCAAUGGAGCUCCAGACGCAGCACAACCACUUUGCCAUGAACUGUAUGAAUGUGUAUGUAAACAUAAACCGCAUAAUGUCGGUGGCAAAUCGCUUGGUAGAGUCUGGCCACUACGCCUCUCAGCAGAUCAAGCAGAUUGCGAACCAGCUGGAGCAGGAGUGGAAGGCAUUUGCGGCAGCCCUGGAUGAGCGGAGCACCUUGCUGGACAUGUCCUCCAUUUUCCACCAGAAGGCUGAGAAGUACAUGAGCAACGUGGACUCGUGGUGUAAAGCCUGUGGAGAGGUGGACCUGCCCUCGGAGCUGCACGACCUGGAGGACGCCAUUCACCACCAUCAGGGGGUAUACGAGCACAUCACUCUUGCUUAUUCUGAGGUGAGCCAGGACGGGAAGUCGCUCCUCGACAAGCUCCAGCGGCCGCUGACUCCCGGCAGCUCCGACUCCCUGACGGCCUCCGCCAACUACUCCAAGGCGGUGCACCACGUCCUCGACGUCAUCCACGAGGUGCUGCACCACCAGCGGCAGCUCGAAAACAUCUGGCAGCACCGCAAGGUCCGGCUCCACCAGCGGCUGCAGCUGUGUGUCUUCCAGCAGGACGUGCAGCAGGUGCUGGACUGGAUUGAGAACCAUGGAGAAGCGUUUCUCAGCAAACAUACGGGUGUGGGGAAAUCACUUCAUCGGGCCAGAGCUUUGCAGAAACGCCAUGAAGAUUUUGAAGAAGUAGCCCAGAACACAUAUACCAACGCGGAUAAAUUACUGGAAGCAGCAGAACAGCUGGCUCAGACCGGGGAAUGUGACCCAGAAGAGAUUUAUCAGGCUGCCCAUCAGCUUGAAGACCGGAUACAAGAUUUUGUUCGGCGUGUCGAGCAGCGGAAGAUCCUGCUGGACAUGUCGGUCUCGUUUCACAGCCAUGUCAAGGAGCUGUGGACGUGGCUGGAGGAGCUGCAGAAGGAGCUUCUGGAUGACGUGUAUGCCGAGUCGGUGGAGGCCGUGCAGGACCUCAUCAAGCGCUUUGGCCAGCAGCAGCAGACGACCCUGCAAGUGACGGUGAACGUGAUCAAGGAAGGGGAGGACCUCAUACAGCAGCUGAGGGACUCUGCCAUUUCCAGCAACAAGACCCCCCACAACAGCUCCAUCAGCCACAUCGAGACGGUGCUGCAGCAGCUGGACGAGGCCCAGGCCCAGAUGGAGGAGCUCUUCCAGGAGCGCAAGAUCAAGCUGGAGCUCUUCCUGCAGCUGCGCGUGUUCGAGAGGGAUGCCAUCGAUAUCAUCUCAGACCUUGAGUCUUGGAAUGAUGAGCUUUCUCAGCAAAUGAACGACUUUGACACAGAAGAUCUCACAAUAGCGGAACAGCGCCUGCAACACCACGCAGACAAAGCUCUGACCAUGAAUAACUUAACCUUCGAUGUCAUCCACCAAGGGCAGGACCUUCUGCAGUAUGUCAAUGAAGUGCAGGCUUCUGGCGUGGAGCUGCUUUGCGACAGAGACGUAGACAUGGCCACCCGGGUCCAGGACUUGCUGGAGUUCCUUCACGAGAAGCAGCAGGAGCUGGAUGUCGCGGCUGAGCAGCAUCGGAAGCACCUGGAACAGUGUGUGCAACUUCGCCACCUGCAGGCCGAGGUGAAGCAGGUGCUGGGCUGGAUCCGCAACGGAGAGUCGAUGCUGAAUGCCGGACUCAUCACAGCCAGCUCCUUGCAGGAGGCAGAGCAGCUGCAGAGGGAGCACGAGCAGUUCCAGCACGCCAUCGAGAAGACACAUCAGAGUGCGCUGCAGGUGCAGCAGAAGGCGGAGGCCAUGCUGCAGGCCAAUCACUAUGACAUGGACAUGAUCAGGGACUGUGCCGAGAAAGUGGCGUCUCACUGGCAACAGCUCAUGCUCAAGAUGGAAGACCGCCUCAAGCUGGUGAACGCGUCUGUCGCCUUCUACAAAACCUCAGAGCAGGUCUGCAGCGUCCUCGAGAGCCUGGAGCAGGAGUACAAGAGAGAAGAGGACUGGUGUGGAGGGGCCGACAAACUGGGCCCCAACUCCGAGACAGACCACGUCACCCCAAUGAUCAGCAAGCAUCUGGAGCAAAAGGAAGCGUUCCUGAAGGCUUGCACGCUUGCUAGAAGGAAUGCAGAUGUCUUCCUGAAGUACCUGCACAGGAAUAGUGUGAACAUGCCGGGAAUGGUGACCCACAUCAAAGCUCCUGAACAACAAGUAAAAAAUAUCUUGAAUGAACUCUUCCAGCGGGAGAACAGGGUAUUGCAUUAUUGGACCAUGAGGAAGAGACGGCUAGACCAGUGCCAGCAGUAUGUGGUCUUUGAACGAAGUGCCAAGCAGGCUUUAGAGUGGAUCCAUGACAACGGAGAGUUCUACCUUUCCACACAUACGUCCACGGGUUCCAGCAUACAGCACACACAAGAGCUCCUGAAAGAGCACGAGGAGUUUCAGAUCACCGCGAAGCAAACCAAAGAGAGAGUGAAGCUAUUGAUACAGCUGGCUGAUGGCUUUUGUGAAAAAGGGCAUGCCCAUGCAGCAGAGAUAAAAAAAUGUGUCACUGCUGUGGAUAAGAGGUACAGGGAUUUCUCUCUGCGGAUGGAGAAGUACAGGACCUCUUUGGAGAAAGCCCUGGGGAUUUCUUCAGAUUCCAACAAAUCGAGUAAAAGUCUUCAGCUGGACAUAAUCCCCGCCAGUGUCCCUGGGUCAGAGGUGAAGCUUCGCGACGCUGCUCAUGAACUUAACGAAGAAAAACGGAAGUCGGCCCGCAGGAAAGAGUUCAUAAUGGCGGAGCUAAUUCAAACUGAAAAGGCUUACGUGAGGGACCUCCGGGAGUGUAUGGAUACAUACCUGUGGGAGAUGACCAGCGGGGUGGAGGAGAUCCCGGCCGGCAUCGUAAACAGAGAGCUCAUCAUCUUCGGGAACAUGCAGGAAAUCUAUGAGUUUCACAAUAACAUAUUCCUGAAAGAGCUGGAAAAAUAUGAGCAGUUGCCAGAGGACGUUGGACACUGCUUUGUUACUUGGGCAGACAAGUUUCAGAUGUAUGUCACAUAUUGCAAAAAUAAGCCGGAUUCUACUCAGCUGAUACUAGAGCAUGCAGGGUCCUACUUUGAUGAAAUACAACAGCGGCAUGGAUUAGCCAAUUCCAUCUCUUCUUACCUUAUUAAGCCGGUUCAGCGAAUAACAAAGUAUCAGCUUCUUUUAAAAGAGCUACUCACUUGCUGUGAGGAAGGAAAAGGGGAGAUAAAAGACGGCCUCGAGGUGAUGCUUAGUGUGCCAAAGCGGGCCAACGAUGCCAUGCACCUCAGCAUGCUGGAAGGGUUUGACGAAAAUAUUGAGUCUCAGGGAGAACUCAUCCUGCAGGAAUCCUUCCAAGUGUGGGACCCAAAAACCUUAAUUCGAAAGGGUCGAGAACGACAUCUCUUCCUUUUUGAAAUGUCUUUAGUAUUUAGUAAAGAAGUGAAAGAUUCCAGUGGGAGAAGCAAGUACCUUUAUAAAAGCAAAUUGUUUACCUCAGAGCUGGGUGUCACAGAGCACGUGGAAGGAGACCCUUGCAAGUUUGCGCUGUGGGUGGGGAGGACGCCAGCCUCAGACAAUAAAAUCGUCCUCAAGGCUUCCAGCAUAGAAAACAAGCAGGACUGGAUAAAGCACAUCCGCGAAGUGAUACAGGAAAGGACAAUUCACCUGAAAGGGGCCCUGAAGGAGCCCAUUCACAUCCCCAAGACAGCACCGGCCACGAGACAGAAGGGAAGGAGGGACGGAGAGGAUCUGGAUAGCCAGGGCGAUGGGAGCAGCCAGCCUGACACCAUUUCAAUUGCCUCACGGACGUCUCAGAACACACUGGACAGCGAUAAGCUCUCCGGUGGCUGCGAGCUGACGGUGGUCAUCCACGACUUCACCGCCUGCAACAGCACGGAGCUGACCAUCCGCCGUGGCCAGACCGUGGAAGUGUUGGAGCGGCCCCACGACAAGCCUGACUGGUGUCUGGUGCGGACCACCGACCGGUCCCCCGCCGCGGAAGGCCUGGUCCCCUGCGGCUCUCUGUGCAUCGCCCACUCUAGAAGCAGCAUGGAGAUGGAGGGCAUCUUCAACCACAAAGACUCGCUGUCCGUCUCCAGUAACGAUGCCAGCCCGCCCGCCUCCGUGGCCUCUCUCCAGCCCCACAUGAUGGGGGCCCAGAGCUCCCCGGGCCCCAAGCGCCCGGGCAACACGCUGCGCAAGUGGCUGACGAGCCCGGUGCGACGGCUGAGCAGCGGCAAGGCCGACGGGCACGUGAAGAAGCUGGCGCACAAGCACAAGAAGAGCCGGGAGGUCCGCAAGAGCGCCGAUGCCGGCUCGCAGAAGGACUCGGACGACAGCGCAGCCACCCCGCAGGACGAGACGGUGGAAGAGAGGGGCCGGAACGAGGGCCUGAGCAGCGGCACACUCUCUAAGUCCUCCUCGUCGGGCAUGCAGAGCUGCGGGGAGGAGGAAGGGGAGGAGGGCGCCGACGCCGUGCCCCUCCCCCCGCCCAUGGCCAUCCAACAGCACAGCCUGCUGCAGCCGGAUUCACAGGACGACAAGGCCUCUUCCCGGUUAUUAGUCCGGCCCACCAGCUCCGAAACGCCAAGUGCGGCCGAGCUCGUGAGUGCGAUUGAAGAACUCGUGAAGAGCAAGAUGGCUCUGGAGGACCGGCCCAGCUCACUCCUUGUUGACCAGGGAGACAGUAGCAGCCCCUCCUUCAACCCUUCCGACAACUCCCUUCUCUCCUCCUCUUCGCCCAUUGAUGAGAUGGAGGAAAGGAAAUCCAGCUCCUUAAAGAGACGGCACUAUGUUUUGCAAGAACUAGUGGAGACAGAGCGUGACUAUGUGCGGGACCUCGGCUGUGUGGUUGAGGGCUACAUGGCUCUCAUGAAAGAAGAUGGUGUUCCUGAUGACAUGAAAGGAAAGGACAAGAUUGUAUUUGGCAACAUCCAUCAGAUUUAUGACUGGCACAGAGACUUUUUUUUAGGAGAGUUGGAGAAGUGCCUUGAAGAUCCAGAAAAACUAGGAUCCCUUUUUGUUAAACAUGAGAGAAGGUUGCACAUGUACAUAGUUUAUUGUCAAAAUAAACCAAAGUCUGAGCACAUUGUCUCAGAAUACAUUGAUACCUUUUUUGAGGACCUAAAGCAGCGUCUUGGCCACAGGCUGCAGCUCACAGAUUUGCUCAUCAAACCAGUGCAGAGGAUCAUGAAGUACCAGCUGCUCCUGAAGGACUUCCUCAAGUAUUCCAAAAAAGCUAGCCUGGAUACAUCAGAAUUAGAGAGAGCGGUGGAAGUCAUGUGCAUCGUACCCAAGCGGUGCAACGACAUGAUGAACGUCGGGCGGCUGCAGGGAUUUGACGGUAAAAUUGUUGCCCAGGGCAAGCUGCUCCUGCAGGACACAUUCUUGGUCACGGACCAAGACUCGGGACUUCUGCCUCGCUGUAAAGAGAGGCGGGUUUUCCUCUUUGAGCAGAUCGUCAUUUUCAGUGAACCACUUGAUAAAAAAAAGGGCUUCUCCAUGCCGGGAUUCCUGUUUAAGAACAGCAUCAAGGUGAGUUGCCUUUGCCUGGAGGAAAACGUGGAAAACGAUCCCUGUAAAUUUGCUCUGACAUCGAGGACGGGUGGUGUGGUGGAGACCUUCACUCUGCAUUCGUCUAGUCCAAGUGUCCGGCAAACGUGGAUCCAUGAAAUCAACCAAAUUUUAGAAAACCAGCGUAACUUUUUAAAUGCAUUGACAUCACCAAUCGAGUAUCAGAGGAACCACAGCGGGGGCGGCGGCGGGGGCAGCGGCGGGGGGGGGGGCGGCGGCGGCGGCAGCGGCGGCGGCGGCGGCGGCGGCGGCGGCGGGGCCCCCAGCGGCGGAGGCGGCAACCCCAGCGGUGGCCCCGGCAGCUGCAGCGGCCUCCCCAGCUCGAGCAGAAGCAGACCCUCCCGGAUCCCCCAGCCUGUCAGACACCACUCCCCCGUGCUGGUCUCCUCUGCAGCCUCGAGCCAGGCAGAGGCAGACAAGAUGUCAGGUACGUCCACUCCCGGCCCUGCACCGCCCCCUCCCGGCAGCAGCCCCGCCCCGGAGGCCGGCCCCGGCCAGGCCGGCAGGCGCGCCCCGGGAGAGCCCGAAGGCCCCGAGCGAGAAGCGGAGCACAUCCCCAAGAUGAAGGUGAUCGAGAGCCCCAGGAAGGCCUCGGGGAAUGCCGCAGGCGCCGGCCGCGAUGCGGACGCCAGGGAGGCGCGGGCCAACCCGGAGGACAGCCGCUCGCGGAGCAGCCUGGGCUCGCUGCCCCUGGGAAAGCCCAGGCCCGGGGCCGUCUCGCCUCUGAACUCACCUGUGGCCACCGCGUUCCCUUCUCCCAUCGGCAAGGAGCCCUUUCCCCCCAGCAGCCCCCUGCAGAAGGGGGGCUCCUUCUGGAGCUCCAUCCCCGCCUCUCCCGCCAGCCGGCCGGGCUCCUUCACCUUCCCGGGGGACAGCGACUCCCUCCAGCGGCAGGCGCAGCGCCACGCGGCCCCCGGCAAGGACACGGACCGCAUGAGCACGUGCUCCUCGGCCAGCGAGCAGUCCGUGCAGUCCACGCAGAGCAACGGGAGUGAAAGCAGCAGCAGUAGCAACAUCUCCACCAUGUUGGUGACACACGAUUACACGGCAGUGAAGGAGGAUGAGAUCAACGUCUACCAAGGAGAGGUCGUUCAGAUUCUGGCCAGCAAUCAACAGAACAUGUUUCUGGUGUUCCGAGCCGCCACUGACCAGUGCCCCGCCGCCGAGGGCUGGAUUCCGGGCUUCGUCCUGGGGCACACCAGUGCAGUCAUCGUGGAGAACCCCGAUGGGACCCUCAAGAAGUCAACAUCUUGGCACACAGCACUCCGUUUAAGGAAAAAAUCUGAGAAAAAAGAUAAAGACGGCAAACGGGAAGGCAAGUUAGAGAACGGUUAUCGGAAGUCUCGGGAAGGACUCAGCAACAAGGUAUCUGUGAAGCUUCUCAACCCCAACUACAUAUAUGACGUUCCCCCAGAAUUCGUCAUUCCCUUGAGUGAGGUCACGUGUGAGACAGGGGAGACCGUUGUUCUUAGAUGUCGAGUUUGUGGCCGCCCCAAGGCCUCGAUCACCUGGAAGGGCCCUGAACACAACACCUUGAACAACGACGGUCACUACAGCAUCUCCUACAGUGACUUGGGAGAGGCCACUCUGAAGAUUGUGGGUGUGACCACAGAAGAUGACGGCACCUACACGUGCAUCGCUGUGAACGACAUGGGUUCGGCCUCGUCCUCAGCCAGUCUGAGGGUGCUGGGUCCAGGGAGUGAUGGGAUCAUGGUGACCUGGAAAGACAACUUUGACUCCUUCUACAGCGAAGUGGCUGAGCUUGGCAGGGGCAGAUUCUCUGUCGUUAAGAAAUGUGAUCAAAAAGGAACCAAACGAGCAGUGGCCACUAAGUUUGUGAACAAGAAGUUGAUGAAGCGUGACCAGGUCACCCACGAGCUUGGAAUCCUGCAGAACCUCCAGCACCCGCUGCUUGUUGGCCUCCUUGAUAGCUUCGAGACCCCCACCAGCUACAUCCUGGUUUUGGAAAUGGCUGACCAGGGACGUCUCCUGGACUGUUUGGUGCGAUGGGGAAACCUCACCGAAGGGAAGAUCAGGGCGUAUCUGGGGGAGGUUCUGGAAGCCGUCCGAUACCUUCACAACUGCAGGAUAGCGCACCUGGACCUCAAGCCUGAAAACAUCCUGGUGGAUCAGAGUUCGGCCAAGCCAACGAUCAAACUGGCUGACUUUGGAGAUGCUGUCCAACUCAACACGACCUACUACAUCCACCAGUUGCUGGGGAACCCCGAGUUUGCGGCCCCUGAAGUCAUCCUUGGGAACCCCAUCUCCCUGACCUCGGAUACAUGGAGUGUCGGAGUGCUCACAUACGUGCUUCUCAGUGGCGUGUCCCCCUUCCUCGACGACAGCGUGGAGGAGACCUGCCUGAACAUUUGCCGACUAGACUUUAGCUUCCCAGAGGACUGCUUCAAAGGAGUGAGCCAGAAGGCCAAGGAGUUCGUGUGUUUCCUCCUCCAAGAGGACCCUGCCAAGCGUCCCUCGGCUGCUCUGGCCCUCCAGGAGCAGUGGCUGCAGGCGGGCCACGGCAGUGGCAAAGGUGCGGGCGUCCUCGACACGUCCAGACUGACUUCCUUCAUUGAGCGGCGCAAACACCAGAACGAUGUUCGACCUAUCCGUAGCGUUAAAAACUUCUUACAGAGCAGGCUUCUGCCUAGAGUCUGACCCAUCCUGAAGUUCUCUCUCAUUCUCUUUCACCUGCCAAUCAGCUGUUAAUUUGAAUUUCGAAGAGAAACACAAACCAACAUGACUGAUGAGCUGCCGUACGUUCAUCGUGUGACAUUGCGUUCCGGGUGAGCUGUGCUCGGCGGUGCCCGGGGCUCAGGAGCACGCUGUGCUGGGGUGGAGGACCUUCUCGCACACUCUUCGUGAGCGGAGACAGCAUUGCUGUACCACAGUCUUUUAUUCAGGUUUCUGCAAAAAAAAGAAAAGAAAACUUUUUUAAAUACACACGAAUAGAAUUUUGCAAAUUUAACAUUUUCCAGGAUUUAUUCAAGGACACGAAAUGCCUAUGUUCAACCACUGGUGUUAACGAACAAAACAGAGAUACUGGACAGCUCUGGGGAGGACUCCCCCCUCGAGGCGGCCCUCCCCACGGCCUCGUCCAGAGCUCAGGGUCCACCUGGCUCUGAGCUUUCCUAGCCGCCGGGUCUGUGUGCGUCUCACCGGGACGCCAGACCAGGCUCCUGAAACGUGCAUUCAACCUCAGACUUUUGCAUAAAACUAGAAUGAAUCGUUCUGCUCUGAUGAAAUGUAGGCCUUAUUUGUAUAUAAGACUGGUCCUGCCUUCGGUCUGUCCUUCCCUCCUUUCCCCCCCCCCCCCCCCCCCCCCCCCCCCCCC